GUAUCAUUGCCCAAUGCCCAAGAUUUUUUAUGUUCAGUUGACUGUAGGAAAUAAUGAAUUCUUUGGUGAAGGGAAGACUCGACAAGCUGCCAGACACAAUGCUGCAAUGAAAGCCCUUCAAGCUCUGCAGAAUGAACCUAUUCCAGAAAAGUCUCCCCAGAAUGGUGAAUCAGGGAAAGAAAUGGAUGAUGACAAAGAUGCAAAUAAAUCUGAAAUAAGCUUAGUGUUUGAAAUUGCUCUGAAGAGAAAUAUGCCUGUCAGUUUUGAGGUUAUUAAAGAGAGCGGACCACCACAUAUGAAGAGUUUUGUUACCCGGGUGUCAGUGGGAGAAUUUUCUGCAGAAGGAGAAGGAAAUAGCAAAAAACUGUCCAAGAAGCGUGCGGCAACCACUGUUUUACAGGAGCUUAAAAAACUUCCACCUCUUCCUGUGGUAGAAAAGCCAAAACUAUUUUUUAAAAAACGCCCUAAAAUUAUUUUUUAGGCUGGACCUGAAUAUGGUCAAGGAAUGAAUCCCAUCAGCCGCCUAGCCCAAAUCCAACAGGCCAGGAAGGAAAAGGAGCCUGAUUACGUCUUACUUUCAGAACGAGGAAUGCCUCGACGUCGAGAGUUUGUCAUGCAGGUGAAGGUGGGCAAUGAAGUUGCUACUGGAACAGGACCUAAUAAAAAGAUAGCGAAAAAGAAUGCUGCAGAAGCAAUGCUGUUACAGCUUGGUUAUAAAGCGUCCUCUAACCUUCAGGAUCAGCUCGACAAGACAGGGGAAAACAAAGGAUGGAGUGGUCCAAAGGCUGGAUUUUCUGAACCAACAAAUAACACUCCAAAAGGAAUUCUUCAUCUUUCUCCUGAUGUUUAUCAAGAGAUGGAAGCCAGCCGCCACAGAGUGACCUCUGGCACGACUCUAGGCUACUUGUCACCCAAAGAUAUGAACCAACCUUCAAGUUCUUUCUUCAGUAUGUCUCCCUCAUCGACUAGUUCAGCCACAGUUGCCAGGGAACUCCUUAUGAAUGGAACAUCUCCUACAGCUGAAGCCAUAGGUUUAAAAGGAAGUUCUCCUACUCCCCCUUGUUCUCCAGUACAGCCUUCAAAACAACUGGAAUAUUUAGCAAGGAUUCAAGGCUUUCAGGUAUGAUUGAAAAGAAAAAACAAAAAGAGAAAGUACAACAACCCAUCAGUCCCAAAUCCUCCAUUUCUGUCCAUCAGAAGACUCAUUCUUGCCUGCUUAUGUGGCUUCCAUGCCAUUUACAUUGUAAAUUAUUAGGAACACAGAAGACAGAAAAGAGAGCUGUAGCACAUGCCUUGUUUUCUCUCACUUCUGUCCUGUAAUUCUGAUGCUACCUGGCUCUCUUCCGUAUUCAUAUUCAUGGUCACAUUUACACUCUCACUCUCUCCCUUUCACUCACUUUCUCUUUUCCUUCUCUCCCUCUCCCCCAUUCCCUCCAUCUCUGCCUUCCCCCUCUGUCCUGUCUUCCUGUUGGUCUUGAUUGGGUGCAUCUGUUUUCCACAAAUGAAAUUCUGCCUUGAGACAUUUGAUGUUAGUGUUUUACAUCACUUUCCCUCUUUUUACAAUUAUGUUGAGUUUUUCUGCUGAUGAUUGGAUUUAAUAGCAGUUUUGAAUUUGCCAUCUGCAGUUAGAGUAAUGCAGGUACAUUUGUAAGGUUCAUCAUCCUUGAAGCCUGUUUCCUUAGGAUUCAUUAAACAUGGCACUAACAGUAACGGAAUGCUUUCUAGUUGUUUGAGAUAUAAUAAUGAGAAUCUGUUGUACUGGAUCACAUGCAGAGCCAGGGAGGUGGAGAAGCAUCUACCUCUGGUGAUACAACAGCUGUCUUGUGGUGUUCUCAAACCAGCAUACAGCUGAAUUGUGUGUAUGGAUUUGAGAAUGAAGCUUUUUCCCUAUUUAUUCUUUUGUCUCCUUUGGAAGGAAAAAUACCCUACAAAACCAACACUCCUUUCUAUAUAUAAGAGCUUUUAAAAGAAUUGAUAACUGUAGGAAGGAAAGUUCAUGUGUGCUGACUGGUAGUUGCCUUGAAAGAUGUGCUCUGAAAUGUAACUGCCAAUCGACAGAUGGAACUGCAGCUUGCCUUCGUGUAGAAAGACAUGGCUCCCUACAUACAUUUCACUGUUUCACCCCUCUCCAUCUUAGUCUUCCCCCUGAAGACCAAAACCUGUAAUUUCCCAUAGAAAUGUUCUAGAAGAUCUGUAUUGUAUAGAAUGAUCAUGUAUUAUAAACGUUUCAUGGGGUCAGUUAUACAAUGAGAAAGAAGAUCAUGUGUUGGGAGUAUUUUGCAUGUUUGGUUUGGUUUUCUUACUUUACAGAUCCCUUCUGCUUCUUUAAACUCUAUUGCCAGGUAGUUGCUAGUGUUUUUAAAUCAGACUAUUAAUAUGAAGUUGAAGAAGAUGUUACC